UGUUUUAAUGAUUUUAUGAAAAGGCCAGUAUUUUAUCGUAACCUGUAUGUUUACUGCUUUUCUAUUAUGUUACCGUGUUAACCUCUUACUCCUUCAGUGAAGGCUGUAACAUCUGGCCACAGGGACCAAAGCUGAAAUUUAGCCUAAGCUAACGUUAACACAUUUACCCAUGGGUUGAUUAAUGUGUACGGUCCCUGUACAAAUAAAUAAAUAAAUGAAAUGAAAAUGAAAAAAAUUUGAUUUUCUAUAUCUUUUAUUUUGAAAUUUUAAAUCAGAACAUCCAAUAUUGGAAUAAUUACCUUCUUUUAUGUAUUGUAUUCAUCAUUCAUUCAAUUCGUGAUUUUUCAUCUCUUCAAUUAGUUUAAUCACUAUAUCUGUAUUUAAAGGCGUGUUUCGUCAUAUCACGUUCACCGGAAGUUCGCUCUUAUUUUGAAGACAGUUUUCACACGCUCGUACCGUAAUGCCUGGUAUAUACGUGUACUGAAAAAAAUCGUGCGGGCUGGCUUGACUGUGUUUUCCGAAGUGGCGGCUGGCUUGACCGCAGUGUAAUUACGUCACUUAUGUGUCAGUAUGGACACAUUUGUGUCCUCUGUCAAAUUAAAUUAUUUCUAAGUUUGGCAGGUCAGCACAAUGCAGCCUGCAUUUACAGUUCAGUGUGUUUGGCUUGGGCAAGUUAGCCUACCUGUUUUAUUCGAAGAAAAUACAAAUCCCAAAAAGAAAUCAACAUCAAAUGAUUGGCACAUAUCAUACAUACAUGUUAACCACCGGCGUAUAGGGGGCUUGGGAUGUGUGUCCACUCGUGCAUUGACCCUUGUUGUCUUGUCCGAAGGUCAAUACAGACUGCCUGGGCGACUGCUGAAGAGAGUCACAUGAACAUGGACAUCGCCACAGUAAACGCUCUUACCUAUGAGGAUUUUGUGAAUGUGUUGGGCAAUGUGGUGGAGAAAUGCCCCUUAAUAGCAGCUGCUGUGUGGUCCGGACGUCCCUUUUUGACCCUAACUGCGUUGGAGGCUGCGAUCCGUGAAUUCAUCGAUGCUCUCCCAGAAUCAGGUAAGGAGGGGGUCCUCAGGUGCCACCCUGACCUCGCGGGCAGGGACCUCCAGAGCGGCACCUUGACUCGGGAAUCGCGCGAGGAGCAGGCAGGAGCCGGGAUGGAUGCGUUGAACUCUGCGGACGCCUCGCGCAUGGCCCGUCUCAACCAGGAGUACAAGGAGCGUUUCGGGUUCCCGUUUGUCAUCUGCGCCCGGAUGAACGACAAGGCCAACAUUUUACGGCAGCUGUCCGAGCGCUGUCAGAACGAACGCGCAGUGGAGAGGGCGCGCGGAAUCGAGGAGGUGAAGAAGAUAUGUCGCCUGCGUCUUGAAGCUCUCGUGCUCACUGACGCUGCAAACAAGCUAUAAACCUUUACUACUGGUGUUCGUAUCGGAUGUGUCCUGUUUUAACCACCCGGAUGAAAAGAUGGCAUUGCAUGCUAUAGGCUAUGAUAUCUGCUUUAUUCCAAACAUGUGUUAUUCAUGCGUCAUAUUGUACAGUUCAUUUAGUAAACAAUAAAAUAAGUUUACAUUUGA